ACGUGAAGCAGUUCACUUACGGCAGUGUUUUGUGAAAGUCUGCCUCGGCUGGCGUGAUAGCAAACAUCUAACGUUAGCUAGCUACCCCAGCCUUCCAUUUUGUCACAGCUCUCUCUUUCAGGUGGACGUCGUCAAGGCACGUGUUGGCUGCUAGCAAAGCUAUGAAGAUGAGGAAGAGACCAAACAUUCUGCUAACAGGAACCCCUGGUGUUGGAAAGACCACUUUAGGAAAGGAGCUGGCCCAGCGGACGGGGCUGACCUAUGUCAACAUAGGAGACCUGGCCAAGGAAGGUCAACUUUAUGAUGGCUAUGAUGAAGAGUACCAAUGUCCAAUUUUGGAUGAGGACGGGGUGGUGGAUGAGCUGGAUGAAAAGAUGGUAGAAGGCGGGAUGAUCGUUGACUAUCACGGCUGCGACCUGUUCCCUGAGCGCUGGUUCCACAUCGUCUUCGUCCUCCGCACAGACAACACCCAGCUGUACACGCGGCUGGAGAGCAGGGGCUACACGGGGAAGAAGCUGCAGGACAACGUGCAGUGCGAGAUCUUCCAGACCAUCUACGAGGAGGCCAUGGAGGCCUACAGCGAGGAGAUCGUCCACCAGCUGCCCAGCGACACUCCUGAGGACCUGGAGCGCAACCUGGAGCAGCUGGUUCAGUGGACCGAGCAGUGGAUGAAGGACCACAACUAGAAGCCUGACUCUCUCCUGCCGGGUUCCACUGGCAAGAAAAAAAAAAUGCUAUUUGGACAAUUAAAAAAUCGUAUUGUAGUUAUUUUCCAAUUUGCAUUUAUUUUCAUAGAUUGUUGCCAUCAUGGUGAUGUGAUAGCUUUCUUCAGCGGCCUCUUUCGCCUGCUUUAGUUUGUAGGAAGUGGUGCUGGGUCAUCUCUCUCUCAAAUGGUUGAUAGAAUCCACUAGCACACACUUGCUGACAACCAAUUGUAUUAUUAUUCCAUUUAACGCUUGAUUUUUAAACACUGCAAACUAGUGUCAAGUCAAAGCACUCAUGUACAGCUUCAUUCUACAUUCAUAAUUUUUUAUAACUAAAUGACCACUGGGAAACAGUAUUGUCAUCAUGUCCUAGUGCUACACAUAAGUUAGUUAUUUCAAUGUGUAAAGCAUAGACUGUUUAUAAGAAGUAGACGUAGUCAUGAUGACGUCAACCAUUGAUUUGUGGACAACCGUUAUCAAGCCUCGAGUUGGGCAUUUUUGCUGUCGCCAUCUUUGAUUAUGGCUGUUGCCAUCUUGACUGUUUGUGACCAGUAAACAGAUGUUACCAUAUUGAAGAGAAUAUGAGGAGAAAUGAUGUAGGGCAGCGACCUGUCAAUCACAGUAAGCCCGCCCUAAGGUAUAAUCUGCUUGAUGGUCUGUUUGACUCUAAAUGCCAUAAUUUACUAAACAUCAUGCUGUAUUGAAGAAGACUUGAAACUAGAGAUUGAGACCAUAAACUCAUGUUUACAAUGUUUACUGAGGGAAUAAAUCAAGAGAGAAGUAGAGUAAUUUUAUCUUGGACUUCUAUACAAUCAUACUACUUUUUGCAACCACAGGAGUCUUCCCAUUAUGGCCAUUAGAAAGAAUGCAAGUGUUAAGACACUUAUGUGUUUUCUUCACUGGGCAGAACAAUAGUUUGCUGCCUGGUUUAGCCUUGCUAACUCGUCUGGAUAGCUGAUGCAAUCGGCUUGUAUUUGUUACCAACCUGUACGGUCACAGUGUAUAUUCCUAAAUUAGUUACUGUCACACCCGAACCACAAAUAGAUGGUUGAAAGGGGGCCCAUAAAAUCCCACAAAUGUAAAAGUGAUCUCUUUUUUUUAACAUUUGAAUUCUUAAGUGCUUUCGUUAAAUACUGAAAUCUGUUCAUUUAAACAUUUCCCUAACGAA